GUCUCUUUUGACUUAUGCACUGCUAACUACAUAUAUUUUACAUCCCUACUGUUAUAUUAGAAAGUUGUAUAGUUUGCUGAAGGAAUUAUAUAAUGAACAGCGCUGAAACUUCUCUAUUUGUCCAAUAUUUUAACGAAGUUGCGACGACUCUUCCUUCCUGUUCCGGUUAUCUACCUUUCACUGAAGAGAAUAUAUUUGAAAAACUUACCGACGGCAUUUUUUGCGGAAGACUUUUAGAAGCUGUUCCCAAAGCCAAGUUAAACUCUAAAUUAUUAAAUAUUCCCGCCACCGAUGAUCAAUCGAAAAAAGCAAAUCAUUCUCUAGUUCUCGCUGCUUUAAGGAAAAACUUAAAUUCGACCAUAACUUGCAACGAAGCUGAAUUGCUUAGCGGAGAACAUAUAGAGAUGCACGAUUAUACUUGGGAAGUUUUGAGAGCCCAUCUUUUAAGAUAUGCCUCCCUAAACGAACGCCUUCCUUUGAUACGCUCUUUAAAGAAAGGAGAGGACUUGACGGUUCUGCUAAGCCUGGAUCAGGAGCGCGUUGUACUCCGCUGGGUCAACUACCACUUAGAAAAGGCGGGAGAAGAGAAGAGGGUCAAACGCUUCUCCGUCGAUUUCAAGGAUGUUGAAGUGUGGGUGCAUGUCUUGGGACAGGUGUGCAGCGAGCUCAAGCAGAAGUUUAUGGAUGUACUCGGACACACAACGCUGGAGGAGCGAGCAACUGCGCUGUUGAACGUCUGCAAAAGUACUAAUCCUCCGCUGGACAAAUAUGCAACCGUGGAAUCGAUUGUACUUAAUUAUUGGAGGGUCAACAUGGCAUUUACGGCCAAUAUUUUCAAUAACUUUCUGGGUAUGUUCCUGCCUAGUGAAGAGGAAAUGGACAAAACUUUAAAAAGUUUUCAAGCUUUGAGAGUGAAACUGGCAGACUGCGAAGCUGAGUGCAACAGCCACAGAAAAACACUCGAAGCUUUAGAGCAAGAGAAAGGCUUGUGCGCUGCUCAGGAAAGGUGUGCGCAGACGUGGUUUGAGAUCUUCGAACUGCUUAGCAGGAGGGAUCAGCUGAAUGGACAACUCGGUAAAUUAGAGGAAGAGAAGGCAAAACUGCAAAGGGAACUGGAGAAGCAAGACUUAAGCGUCCACGAAGUAAGCGACAAGUUGAUCAACACUACCAACCUGGUCAACACCAAGUCAAGAGACGUCGCCGAUCACAUUGAAAAAGUCAACACUCUGAUAGAGGAGAGCUGCAAAAGGGCGCCGGAAGCGAACGUAGAACUCGCCCUCUAUGACGCGAGUGACGAAAACGCCUCUCUGAGUAAUGCGCUGCGGGCACAAGAAAAGCUGUUGAACUUCUAUAAAAUGGAGUUGAAGGCUAAGCAAGAAGAUCACGUAAAACGUCAAGAAGCUGCUGAAAGCCAAUUGGCGGAAAUCAACGAACUGGUGUCAGAGUUCCUGGAUACGGAGCAAUCCGACGCUUUAGACGCCAUUAACAACCUGAAGCGUCUUCUAGAACUACUGGUGGAGAAGUGUAAGAGGCAAAGCCUGCAGAUUGCCAUGAGCGACAGCAAGAUCGAGAAGAUUGACGACUUAAACGCCUUGUUUUCCGAGAAGGUCAGAGACUACGCCGAGCAACAGAUCGAGAAAAAGAAGAAAAAGAAGUGAACGGCGCCCGCGCAUCCGCAAUAAAGCUCAUA